AUGGACGUGCCAGUCGCAGCCAACGCGCUGGGCGCCCUUGGAGCGGUUUGUUGGUCGGUCCAGCUGAUUCCGCAAAUCGUCAUCAACCAUCGCCGCCACCAUGCCACCGGCCUUCAGCCAUCCAUGAUGAUGCUCUGGGCGUGCGCAGGCGUCCCGCUCGGCGUCUACAACAUCGUCCAGGACUUCAACCUUGCCCUUUGCAUACAGCCUCAGAUCCUGACCUUGCUCAGCUUGAUGACUUGGAUGCAGUGCCGCCAUUACCAGAGGGGAUGGACUGCGGCGCGGUCCCUGCUGGCGGCUGCACCAAUUGCCGUCGUCAUGGGCAGUAUCCAGGCGGCCUUGAUCAUUGGCCUUCGCCUUCUAAAAUAUCGCCACCAUGAGUGGCCGUUGACUCUCAUGGCAGUCCUCUCUGCCGUCCUACUUGCGGCCGGCGUCGUCCGACACUACUGGGAUAUCUGGGUGCAUCGAACCGUGCGUGGCAUCUCCUUCAUCUUUGUCGGCAUCGACGCAGCCGGGGAUCUCUUCUCCCUCGUGUCAGUCGUCUUUCAACCGAAGCUGCAUGUGCUGGGCAUGGCCAUCUACGGAUCCGAGCUGCUACUGUGGCUUGGGAUUCUUGCUUGCGGUGGAUAUUACAACGCUUUGCCUUGGAUACAGAAGCAGCUACAACACUCGGAUCCUACUAGCGCGCAUGGAAUGCCGCCGUUCCAUGCCGAAUCAGCCGCGGGCCCUGUCUCCCUGCGUGACCUGCCUUCGUCGUCCUCGGUGUUUCGCACCGUCUCCGCCGGAUCCGACUUCUUGAGACCCAGGGCUAUGACUUCAAUGGGAAGAAGCAGGGAUGGGCUGGGUGACAUCAGCUGA